UUUUUUUUUUUUUUUUUUGGCAAAGAUUACACAAGGUCUUAAAACCCAGUUCUUUUACCGUGGCCUCUCCUUCCAGACCUCCAGCUCCCGAUUCUCUCACUGGAUUUCCAUAGCAAUCGUUCCGGCACCGGUUAAUUUUUGGAUUUGUAUGCUUCUCCAACUCUACUAGUAAGCUAUUGGCCAUGGCUUAUUUAUCGGUAGACUGUAGACCCAUACAUGUGCCUUUUAGACAAAUUCAACAAAUGCAUAUAGGUAGAUGAUCCGCAUUUCAUUCAAUGAAGUGGGUAAGGUAAAAUUUAGAAGCCCCAUUUUUAAAACCUUGAUAUUGCGCUUCAAGUGGGUAGCUAGGAGCUCAAUUCUACUAGGGUUAUUUGUUCCUGCAGUGUUGGUGACUAGUUUACUGUGUUAAUUUUUUUAGUGUAUGUGAGUUUUUACCUGAAGUUAGUAAUUUGGAGUUUUUUAGGCUUCGUUUGGAACCAGAAAAUUGUUUGGAAAAAACAUGACACAGAAUUUGUUGAAAAGUAUUUUUCGGAGGAAAGCACAAAGAGAUGCUCAAACUAGAUUAAUCAAGUCUAGGAAAUCUGCCACCUGAUACUCGUUUAAGUAGUUGAGCUUGUGAGCUGUAUCCCUAAGGUCACGGUGUAAAAAAUAAAUCAAGUGUGGGGAAGUUAAAUACAUCCAAGAUCAAGUAAAAAAAACAUUUUCCCAUUCACAUUUUCUCCAUUUCUCAAUUAUUUCAAGGUCUUCAAAUGGAGCCCCUCUCCAUGCGUUUGCUGUAUGAGAGAGAGAGAGUUAGGGUUGAUCAGUCAAGUUUCAAAGCUUUAGUAGAUCUUGACUUAGCAUCACUGCAUUAUGUUUUGAAGUAGCUGCUGUUAAGACUUUGAGUUCCACCAUCAACUUGACUCUAUAGGAGAAGUAACCUCAACAUUUAUAGGUUGGUUCAUAUCUGUAUAUUAUAUUCGAUGUGGAUGACCUUGCCACUGACAACAGGGAAAGAAUGAUUGGGGCAUAACAAAUUGCAUGGUUCUGGAGUGAACAUAUUUUUUCUUCUUGCGCAUGCAUAUAUCAUGGGAUUGACAAGAUUUAUGCGCCCAAAGGGAGGAUGUAAUGAAUCAAGUCCCAACCUUUAUGUGGCUAACUGUGGGCCAGCUGUCGGGCUCUCAUUGGAUGCUAUUGGGUUGGUGUUCAGCAAAUAUGGUGAUAUCAGGGGAGUUUGUCCAGCCGAUGAAAGUGGCACUCGUGUAAUUGUGUCUUUUCAUGAAAAGAUUUCUGCACAAUCAGCGCUGGAAGCAUUGGACGGACACCCAUGCCCUCAUCUUGGAGGACGUUGUCUGCAUAUUCGCUAUUCUGUACAAUCAGUUUCUAAGG